UCACUGACACUGGACUAAACCUGUUUUUUCAGAGCAGAGAGGGGAACACUGCAGACGCAAAAAAGUCACAACAACGAAAUAUUGCUGGCUUCCAGUUGUGAAGACGAUGGUGGAAUCAGCAGCCAAUCGCGGUCCAGACUGUGGGUCCAUCUGCAACGAGUCCGCAGCUCUGGAGGGCCAAGGGCCACCGGUUUUGGUUGACGCUUGGCUGGUCCCCACCUUCUUCGGUCUAAUCAUGCUGGUCGGCCUGGUCGGGAACUCGCUGGUCAUCCAUGUGGUCACCAAGCACCAGCAGAUGAAGACGGUCACCAAUUUUUACAUAGUAAACCUGGCUACUACUGAUAUCUUGUUUCUGGUCUGCUGCGUGCCCUUCACUGCCACACUGUACCCACUGCCCAGCUGGAUCUUUGGAGAGUUUAUGUGCCGACUGGUGAACUAUCUUCAGCAAGUGACGGCUCAAGCUACAUGUAUCACUCUGUCAGCUAUGAGUGUGGACCGCUGCUAUGUGACUGUCUAUCCUCUGCAGUCUCUGCGACACCGAACCCCACGCAUGGCUCUGGCCAUCUCUGUGUCCAUCUGGAUAGGCUCUUUGCUUCUGUCCAUCCCUGUGGCCGUCUACCAGCGUCUGGAGGCAGGAUACUGGUUUGGUCCUCAGACAUACUGCAGUGAGGUCUUCCCCUCGGCCCGACUCCAGAGAGCCUUCAUCAUCUACAGCUUCCUGGCCGUCUACCUGCUGCCCCUGCUCACCAUCACCGCCUGUUACGCCUUCAUGCUCAAGCGCAUGGGGCAGCCCAGCGUGAAUCCCAUCGACAGCAGCUACCAACUUCAGGCUCAGGCAGAGAGAGCAGCAGCAGUGCGGGCGCGGGUCUCCCGGAUGGUGGUGGUGAUGGUGGCUCUGUUCCUCAUCUGCUGGGGCCCCAUCCAGGUCUGCAUCCUCCUGCAGGCUUUUGGCCUACGCAGUUACGUUCUAUAUAAGCUGAAGAUUUGGGGUCACUGCAUGUCUUACUCCAACUCCUCCGUCAACCCACUGGUUUAUGCCUUCAUGGGAAACAACUUCAGAAAGGCCUUCAAGCACGCCUUCCCUGCCAUAUUUCUGUGGCGCACGAGGAGAAGAGUGAGGGUGGGAAACAUGGAUGCAGAGGAAGGGGGAGAGAUGGAUCGCCAGGCACCCAAAGGAGAGGCAGAGAUGCACUUUCUUUCAUCUGGAUCCUAAAGGCCACGCUGGGCAUUCGGACACUGUGCACUCAUUGUUUAUUUAUUGUUUGUUCUGGAGAUGAUAGCAGCCGGCACACACACACACACACACACAAUGUGGGCUCCAUCUAGAAAGUAUUGGCAACACCAGUAAGUGACAGGUUUAAAACACACACACACACACACACACACACACACACACACACACACACACACACACACACACACACAUACAUGCAGAGGAGCGUGCCAUGUGAUCUCUUAAAAAGGACAAACUAGUCAGACGCCUCUCGUGAUCUUCACGAGCUGCUGAAAUACAAUUAUCGUUGUCACAUUUUUCUAGCUCAGCUGGACUUAUGCAACCAAUUCCCUGGAUGUCAAAAUGUUUGAGCUGCUGGUUUUAUCUUCUUCACAAUUUCUCAAGGAGGGGAAGAAAAUGGUGUUGGACAACAACUGUUAUUGACUGCAUCGUUUAUGGACAGAAGCCCUGUUGAAUACAUUUAAACGUGCUACUGUAAGGAGCCUGGUUAAACACUUGCACAAAUUCUGCAUGAUCUUUUUUGUUACUGUUAACUUUUAUUUUCGGUAAUGUUCUUUUUCCAGUGUGUCCUGUUGUUUUGUUGGAGUUCUUCAGUGUAUAGUUUAUUUGGGGAUUGGUGGUGCUUUAUCUUUGUACAGCAUUAUAACAGAUACUAGCUCUUCUAGUCAGUCAAGGGAAUUCAAUCUAUAUAGCCAGUAGCACAAAUGUAGACUACAGCAUACACCCUUUUCAUUCGGCUAAGGAAAGGUCUUAAAUACUUCCUCCACCACUGUAUUUAGGAUACCCAGAAAUCCUUUCUCUCCUCCCUAAGACACAACCUGAAACUUUACAGAAACACUUGUAACAACACUUGUUGUAGCUUUAAUGUGCUGACCAGAACUGGUUUUGAAAUGUCCAAAGCCAUUCAUUUAUUGGUGAUAUUUUGAAAGAGCAGCCAAAGGUUAUUGCUGCUGUUUAUAACCUCAGAAAGCAAGUUUUAUUUUUUACACAAAGGGAGACUAUAAACAAGCGAACUCAUGGACAUAAUAUUUUAAAGUUAUAUCCCUUCACUUCAGUUGUUUUAACACAGUGACAUAAGGGUUGCAGUAUAUUAAACUGGGGAUUUCACUGUUUACUGUGUAUAUUAAUAACUGAAAAUAAAAGCUGUUCGGCACUGAAGUUUUCUCACAGCAGAGCCCAUCAGUCCAGAUCUGACUUGAUAUUCACCAAUGAUAUCUGUUUGCCAAACAGACAUGUGACACCAGCCAAUGAAAUGGCUGGUUGAGAAUGAGAUGCCUUCAGGUGACGCUGAAAAUGUUUGUAUUUCCACAGAGUGCAUAUGAACAGAUAAACCCCAGACCCCAGUUCAUUUUUGUAAAUUCUUCUUUGG